AACAGGCGGGAUGGUUAUAAGAACGCGGUGGGUUUGGAUGAAGAUGUGAAGACACUUGAGAAAAUGCUGCUUCAUAAAGAUCAACCUCAGCAAAUGUUUGUGUCCAUACUUGGGGAGAGUGGUGUCGGAAAGAAAACACUAUUAUGUGCUAUCAUCGGACAUACUGAUGUGAUUUAUGAGUUUGAAAUUGUAGUUUGGUUCAACAUGCCGGCAGAUUACACCACAGAAGAUCUCCUCCAAGAAAUCUACGAUAGAGCAUGUGAAAGUGCACCACAACAUCAUCCAAAUGAAGGCAUUAAUAUCGCUGAUAAGCUCCGACACCUCCUGAAGAAAAAGAGGUAUUUGGUGAUUAUCGGAGGCAUAUGCUCCAAAACCAUCCUCAACUGUGUGAGGGUGAGCCUACCAGAUGACAAUAAUGGUAGCCGUGUUGUGCUCGUGUUGGACACUGAGAGCGAAGAAGUAGCAUGGCAUGCUAACACCAUGAACAAAGAUGGCAUAAAUGGAAUCCACAUGUUGGGCCGUUUGGAUGAAAAGAGAAGUAGGCAAUUGUUCUGUUCGAGGGCCUCGAGGAAAGAAUUGUCCGAUGUGAAGGAAAACGGGGAAAUGAGCAAAUACAGCAAAAUUGUGUACGAUAUAACUGGGGGCUACCCUCUGGCUAUAGUGCUCCUGGCUGGACUCCUCCGAUUCAAGGAGAAGCCAGGGCAGUGGGAAGCAGUGCUGCAACAGCUCAGGCUUAUACCAAGAAUGGAAGAUGCACAAGGUGUUGAGGAAAACAAGAUAACUGAAUCUGUACUGUCCAAGGGGGUGCAUAUCGAGUGGCAGAUGAGCCCUAUAACAAAAAGUAAGCUCUCCACAAGAACAACCACCAUCGAGAGGGUCUUCUGGGCAAGUUUUGAAGACAUUCCAAAUGACCUCAAGUCUUGCUUCCUCUACUUGGCCGCCAUCCCAAAGAACACAACUAUAUAUACUGAUGAGGUUGUGAGGAUUUGGAUGGCUGAGGGUUUCAUCAAGCCGCAGCAGGGCAAGACUUUGGAGGAGCUGGGUCACGCCUACCUCAAGGAACUGGUCUUGAGAUGCCUUGUUCAUAUUGAUAAGAUGAACGAUGUUGGCAUAAUUGAGAAGGUCGUCGUUCACCAAAGCCUCUAUGGUUUCCUCCAUUCAGAGGCUCGCGAGGCUGGAUUCAUGGAUGUUCAUGGCAUGCAUGACGUCUUUGUUCCACCAUCGGUGCGCCGGCUCUCUUUCAUGAGUUUCAAAGGUGGACAUAUGAUGAGAUUCACCAACAAGUUCUGUAAGCUACGUUCCAUCAUAUGCUGGGUCCAGGAGAAAGACCGGAGCAAUGACGGCCAAGGAGUGAACCAGAAGCGCCGACAUGAUCUCAAGUUUCUUUGUGGGUCCAAGUUCAUUCGUGUAAUCUCUGUACAUGGAUUAUGGAUUAAGGAAGUGCCGAAUGAGAUUGGUCGCGUGGUACACUUGCGAUACCUAAAUGUUAGUGGCUGCAAGGACCUGAAGAAGCUUCCCUCCAGCAUCAAGAGCCUGCUCAACUUGCAGACACUAGACAUAACGGGGACUCAAGUCAAGGAGAUUCACCCAUCCUUCUGGAAGAUAAAGACGUUGCGCCAUGUGUUUGCAGACGAGCUCACACUUCCAGCAUCCAUCAAGGAAGAACUGGAGGAGCUGCAGACGCUAUGGGGUGUAAAACCUGCCCCAGCAGGAGAAUGGGUUCAAGGGAAUUGCCCACUGCACAAGAUGACCAAACUCCGGACACUGGGUCUGCAAGGAUUCAAGCAAUCUAAACAUGGGGCCGCACUUGAGAGUGCUCUGAGGAAGAUGAGUCUCCUUCACCACUUGGACUUGACAGGCGAUGAGAUCCCUUCAUGUGUCUUCACGGCACAAAACCUUCGAUGCCUUGAGAUGGUAGGGCUUCGUGGCACAAUCAAAUGGCCCGAGGUUGUGUCGGAUGUUCGCAAGGUCCGGCCGAACCUCGUUCGGCUCACAGUGGUAAAGGGUAACGGCCAGGAGGUGCCCGAGCAUAUCAAGGACCAACUGCACGGGAUACUAGAGGUAAGCGGUCCAUAGAGCCGGACUCUGCCUUGUCAUAUUAUCUACUAGUACAAGCCUUGGUUGCCCUACAAACAAGAAGAAAGAGCUGCAGGAUAAGGUGAAGGAAAGUGCAUCGUGCCUUUUGUUGUCACUCAUGUCUCCUCCAAAUAUAUUUACUGUGUGAUACAAUUAAUGUAUCAUUGUAUGUAUGUGUGUGUAUAUAUAUUUAUAUUUAUUACUGUAUGUAUGUAUGUGUAUGCAUAACCAUAUGUAUAUUUAUUUAUUUUGAUUUUGA